AUGCAUGUCGGGGUGCGCCGGGCCCCGGUGCCGCCGCCGGGCUUGCUGGUGUGCCUGCUCUUGCUGGUGCUUGGCGCGGCGCACCACGUCGUGCUCGGCACAGGUGCGAGCACGCACCUCUGCAUGUCGCCCUUCUUGCUGUUCAAGGACUGGCGCUUCCAUCAGGCCGGCCCGCUCGGGCUGGCCGAGCCGCCGGCCACCCUGCUGGCCCGCUUCCCCAUCUACCCCUCUUCCAAGGUGGACGUCUUCUCCCAGCUGUCCAUGGACUUUGACGCGGCGCCGGAAUUCCGCCUCGGGCCCUUCUUCAAUCCCCUCUACCCCCAGUGGAACAUGGAACCCUUCAAGUCGCUGGAAAACGUGAACGGCACGCCGAUGCUCAUCCCGUCGACCACGGCCGGCCGCGACCCGGCGCUUCUGGUCGUCGGGCAGACCUAUGUCGAACUGCUGACCGAGAGCAGGAGCGUGCUCUACUCCUCGCCCCUGCGCUUCCUGGCCGGGCUCGCCAUCGGCCCCGAUGAGGUCUUCCUCCUGCUGGCCAUCGAGGAUGACAGCUUGACCGUGGUGCACCUGGCCGCCGAGCCAGAAGAUGUGUCCUUCGAGGAGGUGGACCUGGACGGCCUGACGGCCAGCCAGGUGGAGGCCGUGCCCGCGGCCGCCACAGGCUCCGGGCUGGGGUUUUACGUCUGGCAGGGCCGGCUCCUGGCACAUUUGGAGGUCACCGGCGACGAGGUGUCGGUGAAGAGGUACUCGAUGGGGCCGGACCAGGCGGGCAUCGUGAAGCUCUUCCCCGGGCACCUGUCCAGCAGGGCGCCCGGUGCCACGGGCGUCGAUGACCUGGUGCUCCUGCGCGACGACCGCACCUGGGAGGUGUAUGUGGGCGUGGUCGGCAGCAUGCUGGGCACGGCUGCCCUGACUCCGGCCGCCUCCUUCGCCCACCCGGCGGACGCCACGCUCCAGGGGCGGAUCCUGGGGGUGUCGUCCACCGAGACCCCGGGCCCGGUGCGGGAGCUCUACUGGCUGAAUGCCGCGGAGCCGGAGCCGGGCCGCCCGCGCCUGUGGCGCCUGGAGCUGACGGCCACCGGCCAGCUGGGCAGCCUGAUGCCGGUGCUGCUGCCGACCUCGAGCGCGAUCCAGGUGGGGCACUUCCAGCCGGCCAUGCUUCGCACCGGCCCCAGCACCAUGAGCCUGGCCCUGGUGGACAACACCCGGGCCUACUUCAGCCAGGAGGACUUUCUGUGCCCUGUGGACCGGUCGAUUGACUGCUCGCCGAGCUCCGUGCUCGGCUGGCAGUGCGCCCCCGGCCAUGUCCUCAGCCCGCAGGAUAGCCACUUGCGCCUGUGUGCUGCCUGUGACCGUGGCUUCUACUUGGACCCCCUCGCCGGGCCGGGCGGCCACAUGUGCAGCGCGUGCGCUGGUGACAUGUGCCUGUCGUGCAAGCCGGGACUCCUGCUGCAGGUUCUCUCCCCCUGGAAGAGCGCCUGCGUGGAGACCUGCCCCCAGGACUGGGUCAUCAACGGGGACUUCUGCCUGCCGGAGGAGACCUGGGCCAGCCCGAUCCACCAGUCCACACUCUUCCCCUUCACACUGGGCGAUAGCGACCCCACUCAGCCCAUGAACAUCCUGAUGCCGACCACGCUCAGCGCCUCGCUGGGUGGCCAGCCAAUGUUGGACAUGACCAUCGCCACCGGCACCCCGCACAGUGGCUAUCUCAGCUUCUCGCAAGGCAGGACCGAUGCCCUGCACCUCGUCCAUCAAACCAACCAGUUGUCCCCGCUGCGGAGCAUCCGCCUGCCCUCCUCGCAUCCGGCCGCCGACUUCCAGGUGGAUGGGGCCUUGGAGUUUGUGCUGGCCCCGGCCCAAGGGCUGCCCCUGGUGGGCCAGGCCUUCUGCCAUGGGGGUGGUCUGAGCAUCGUCUGGGCCACUUGCUCGUCGCCUGCCACCCAGGGCCAGAGCCGGUGCGACGCGAGCUUCACCAAGCAGGAUCUGUCUAUCGGCACGUGCACCGGCCUGCACCGGGUGUCCGACAGCGCGUUUGCCGCCUCCCUGAGCUCCGCAGGCAUGGUGCUGGUGGACAUGUCGCUGCGCCCGCCGACCGUGCACCACCUUCGCCUGGUCCAGCAGGACACACGCAUGGCGGGCUUCGCCUGGCCCGGCUACCAGGGCCGGCCCCGGGUGGCGGCCCGCAUGGCCGACUUCCACGCCGCCGACCAAUUCCCCAACCUGGCCGUCCUGGCGGUGGACCUGCUGCAAUCGGAGGACCCGCGCGCCGAGGCGGCCCUCCUGGGCCCGGUGACCCAGGACCCGGCCACGAACCGCCUCGAGCCGGUGGUCGUCCCCACCCCCGGCCGGGACAGCGCGUCCGAGCUCUUCCUCACGGGGCUGACCCCGGGCAGCGCGUUGGACGAGGUGGUCUGGCGGGCGGUGCACAUACCAAUCGGCGGCGCGCCGCUCCAUGGCCGGACCUCGGACCUGCAUGGCCCGGCGCUGGACCUCGCCAACCUGCCCUCGUCCGUGGGCUGGCACAAGGUCCUGCCCCUGGACCUGGGCCUGCCCGGCUUCCCCGGGGGCCUGGUCCUGGUCACCCCGGACGCCAUCUGGCUCUCGGUGCUGGGCUGCCCGCCCGGCGCUCGGAUAUGCGUCCUGCGGAAGCCCACAAAGGUGACAUACGACGCCCCCCUUUCCUGGCCCUCGAACAUGGGCCCGAUCCGGCUGCCGGGCCAUUUGCAGCCGGUCACCCCGCUGGGCGGGCCCCUGGCCGGGCAGACUGCCCUGGAGCAGGUGCAUCUCAUGCUCCACGCGCCCGGCUUCACGCCCACGGGGCUGGGCCUCGGCAUGGACCGCUGCCCGGGCGGGACCUUCGGCCCUGACUGCCUCCCCUGUGCCGAGGUGUGUGCCACGUGCACCGGGCCAGACCCGGAGGAUUGCACGGCCUGCUGGCUGGCCCUGCCCGACGACCCGCAAGGGUGUGUGAGCACCUGCCCGCCGGGCCUGCGCCCGGACCUGGCCCUGGGCCUGUGCCAAUGUCAGAUGGAUUGCGCCGGCUGCCACCUGGACCCCGGCGGGUCGGGGCAGUUCAUUUGCCACGCCUGCCCGCCGGGGAUGGCUCUGCCCGUGGCCCAGCCGCUGCCCUCCCAGUGCCACGCGUGUCACUCCUCCUGCAGCGAGUGCCACCUCCCGGGCGACCCCGGCGCGUGCAGCGCCUGCCCCGAGGGCAAGGCGCUGCACUCGGGCCAGUGUGUGCCCCGCUGCCCGGCCGGCAUGACCGCCGAUCCGGCCCAGCGCCUGUGCAUCCCCUGCCCGGUGCCUGGCUGCCUCCGGUGCGGCGACACCCAGUGGGAUGUCUGCGACGCCUGCCAGCCGGGGGACUUCUUGGAUGCCGGCACCAACCGGUGUCUUUCCUGCGAUCCGUCGUGCGUGGACUGCAGCGGCUCCGCUGCCUGCACCACCUGCCGGAGCAACUUGGUAUUCCUGGCGACCGAAAGCUCGACGCCCUCGCUGUGCGGCAGCACCUGCGCCCCGGGCGAGUAUGUCGGCGCUGGCCGAUGCGCCGCGUGCGAUGGGUCUUGCGCCCUGUGCGCCCAGGCGGCCGACCGGUGCCUGGUGUGUGCGGCCGGCUUCCGCUGGUCCGGCCCCGCGCCGGCGGCCGGCGCCACCGCCGCAUGCGUCCCCUGUGAUCCUGGGUGCGCCUCCUGCAGGGCGGACGGCUGCCUGGUGUGCGGGGCCGGCCUCGUGCUGGGCCCCAACGGGCAGUGUAUCGCCGACUGUCCGGCCGGGAUGUUCAGCAACGGCGAGUCGUGCCAGCUGUGCGACGUCAGCUGCCGGACGUGCGCCGGCGGCGGGGCCGACCAGUGCACCGGCUGCGGCACGGGGCUGGAGCUUGUCGAGGCGGCCCCCGGCGUGGGGACCUGCGUGUCCGGCUGCCCGGCGGGCCAGUACCGUGCCGGUGUUGAAUGCCUGCCCUGCGACGCGGCCUGCGCCACGUGCAACGGCCCAACCGAUAAGGACUGCUGGCAGUGCGCCGGGGCC